CCUCGUGUCGCAUGCGCGUCAUCGCUCGAGUGAUCACGCAUCGCGGAUCGGCGUUGAACUCGACCUCGACGCGCUCGGCCUCGACGCUCGCUCGACGCGCUCGCGAGCGCGCCGUCGUCGGAAACGUCGCCGCGAGAGGACGAGGACGUCACGUCAUGGCGAACUCGGCGACGACGACGCCGGCGUCCUUCAUCGACGCUUUCAACGAUGAAUACCUGGCCAAGCACAAGACGUUCGAGGAUAACUUUUGGGCGACGAAGAUGAACCUGCGAGGGAACGACGUGGAGGCGCUGACGAAGUCGUUCAACGCGCUGGAGACGUUCAUGGGCGACGCUGAGACGUUGGCGAAGACGCGCGAGUUGUUGGCGUCCAAAGACGUCACGGAUGACCAAAGGAUUGUGCUGGAGCAAAUCGAAAAAACGCUCAAGUGCUACAUCGUCGAGUCCAAAGAAGCCGUGGCGUUGCGCGAAUCCGCCAUCGCGAAGGAGAACGCGUUGCAAGCGGCGCGCAAUAAACAAGAGCUCGGGUACACCGAUGUGGACGGCAAGUUCGUCUCGGCCACGCCCACGGUGUUGCGCACGAAAAUUCGCUCGAGCGAUGAGGAGUGCGUGCGCAAGAGUUGCUGGGAGACGCUUCGCGCGAACGGUCCCUUUUUGUGCGACAACGGCUUCCCAGCCAUCAUCGCCGAGCGCAACCGCUUCGCGCGCGCGCUCGGUUUCGAGGAUUUUUACGACAUGAAGGUGACGCAAGCGGAAGGCUUCAACAAGAAGAAGUGCUUCGAGAUGCUCGAUGGCUUGGAGGAAGCUACGCGACCGCUCAUGCACGCCGCGCGCGACAGGCUCAAGGCGGAAAAGGGCGAAGACGCGACCAAGGGAUGGAACACAGCGUACGCGCUCAGCGGAGAGUUGACGCAGUUGAUUGAUCCGUAUUAUCCAUUUGAAAACGCUCCCGAGGUCUGGGGACGCUCGUUCGGGGCGAUGAAGAUUGGUUACAAAGGCACGACUAUGCGACUGGAUUUAUGCGAUCGCGUCGGCAAGUAUCCCAACGGUUUUUGCCACUGGCCGACGCCGCCGUUCAAGAAAACUGAUGGCACGUGGGUGCCGUCUGAGUCGAACUUUACCUCGCUCGCCACGCCUGAUGAAAUUGGUAGCGGUAACACCGCCUUGACGACGCUGAUGCACGAAGGCGGACACGCCGCGCACUUUGCCAACAUCGUUCAAGGUUCUCCGGUGUUUGCGCAAGAGCGGGCGCCGUUCUCUGUCGCCUUGGCGGAGACACAAUCAAUGUUUCUCGACGCCUUGUGCGAAGACGCUGCGUGGCAAGCGCGAUACGCGAAGGAUCGCAAGGGCAACGUCAUUCCUUGGGAGUUGAUUGAACGAAAUAUUCGACAAAAGCACCCUUAUAAGGUCAUGGCGCUGCGCGGGAUGAUCGCCGUGCCGUACUUUGAGAAGGCUUUGUACGAGCUUUCGGAAGAUCAAUUGACGACGGAAAACAUUUGCCGCGUCGCUGAUGAGAUUGAAGAAAAGAUUCAAGGAGGUUUCAGCGGUCGUCCGUUGAUGAGCGUGCCGCACAUCUUGGCCGACGAGUCGUCCGCAUACUACCACGGAUACGUGUUCGCAGAGAUGGCCGUGCACCAAACUCGAGAGCAUUUCUUCCGCACCGAGGGAUACAUUGUCGAUAACCCAAAAGUCGGUCCAACGCUCGAAGCCGAGUACUGGCGUGCCGGCAGCGGCAAGCCGGGCUUCCUCGGGUUGGUGAAUAAUCUCACUGGCAAGCCUUUGUCGCACGACGCUUGGGUCAAAGAACUCGGCGAAGACGUCGAAGAACUUGUCAAGAGUGAACGUGAGGCUUAUGAAAAAUCUCUAGCCGAAGCCACAUCUACGAGCGAUGUUGAUUUGGACAUGCGCAUGCUAUUCGUCCAUGGCGACGAGGUCAUCGCCGAUAGUGCCGAAAACGGAGGUUUCUUGCCGGCGUGUGCAAAGUUCAAGAGCUGGAUUCACGACAAGUGGCCGAAAACCGUGGCAGCGUAGAUUGUACUCGUGCGCGAU